GGACGCCGCGCAAGCGCUUGGAGAGACUUGUUUGCCGUGUGAGCGAAGCUGCUGCAGCCGAAGACAUGGCGAAGGACAUGGCGUCACGGAAAGCGGUUUGCAUUCUGCUUCGCGACCCCGCCUGCAAGGCCGACGUCAACGGCGUCAUUUACUUUGAGCAGAAAGAUGAUGGAAAUGUAAUUGUUAAAGGAAGAAUUGAAGGAUUGACUCCAGGAAAACAUGGUUUCCACGUCCAUGAAUUUGGAGAUAACACAACUGGAUGUACCAGUGCAGGCCCUCACUUCAAUCCUGAGGGGAAAUUUCACGGUGGGCCUCAAGAUGAAGAAAGGCAUGUUGGUGAUCUUGGAAAUGUGAUUGCAGAUGCAUCAGGUGUUGCAGAGGUGUCGAUGGAGGAUGGGGUUAUUUCUCUCUCAGGACCACAUUCAAUUAUUGGACGGUCUAUGGUGGUUCAUAAAAAUGAGGAUGACCUGGGUAAAGGAGAAAAUGAAGAGAGCUUGAAAACUGGAAAUGCUGGUCCUCGUCUAGCUUGUGGGGUAGUUGGUCUAGCUAAAGUAUAAAGUACUUCUAGGAGUCACAAUGAAUAGAAGCAGCAGUAUAGUAUGUGGAAUAUAAAUGUGUCUGUUGUACCCAUUACUGGGCUUUGUUAUAGUUUAAAAAAUAAUCUUAUGGUUGUGUUAAAUGGAAUUUAAGCUGACAAAUCUUGUUUCCUUUACCUUUUUAUCUGUUAUUAAAGUGCUGUAAAACACAAA